UAAUUGAACUGGUAAAAUAUUUCACAGAAAAUGUACAGAUUGCUAGUUCGAGCAUUAUUUGGAAGAGAACCAUAUAAAUUGUUUUGAUUUGUGGUCUAACACUCUAUGAGUACCCCAUAAAUUGUCUCAUAGUUUCUUAAUUUACAAACUCAAAUAUGUAAACCAAAGCCAACAUAAAUAAAAACUCUUCACGGCAUGUUCUUCAUUAAGCUCUUCACCAUCGUCUUCUUAAGCUUCUUUUUUCACUCCAUACUCUCUCAAUCCCUAGAGUCCUCUUCCCAAACUGUCGACUUCACUUACAAUGGCUUUCAUCCUCCACUAACUAACAUAUCCAUCCAAGGAAUUGCCGCCACCACACCUAACGGUCUCUUAAAGCUAACCAACACAACCAUGCAAAGCACCGGUCACGCCUUCUACACCAAACCAAUCCGGUUUAAAGAUUCCCAAAACGGCACUGUCACGUCCUUCUCCACAACUUUUGUCUUCGCUAUCCACUCUGAGAUCCCAACACUUAGCAGCGGCGGCAUGGCCUUUGUCGUCGCUCCUAACUCCAGCCUCCCAUUCGCCAGUCCUUUCCAAUACCUCGGCCUCUUAAACGUCGCAGACGAUGGUAAAGAUAAGAAUCAUAUCUUCGCUGUCGAACUUGACACGAUUAUGAGUAUCGAGCUCAAUGAUUUGAACAAUAACCAUGUUGGAAUCGAUAUCAACAGCUUGAAAUCGGUAAAAAGUAAGACGGCUGGGUACUGGGACGAGAAAGAUCAGUUUAUUAAUCUCACUUUGAUCAGUCGUAAGCGUAUGCAGGUUUGGGUCGAUUACGAUGGUCAUACCCAUCGUAUCGAUGUAACCAUGGCUCCCUUCAACGAGAACAAACCUAGAAAACCGCUUGUUUCUUUAGUCAGAGAUCUGUCUUCGGUUCUGUUACAAGAUAUGUACGUAGGUUUCUCUUCUGCGACCGGUUCUAUGUUGUCGGAACAUUAUGUUCUUGGGUGGAGUUUUAGUGUGAAUGGGGAAGCUCAGCCAUUGUCCUUAGGGAAGCUUCCGAAGUUGCCUGCGUGGGAUUCAAAACCCACGGGAGUCUACAGCUUCUUCAAGAACACGAUGCCUUUGAUCUCCCUCGUGUUGAUUCCUCUCUUUCUCAUUAUUUUCCUUGUUCGCUUCAUCGUGAGGAGGAGGAGAAAGUUCGCUGAAGAGCUUGAAGAUUGGGAAACAGAGUUCGGGAAGAACCGACUAAGGUUCAAGGAGUUGUACUACGCCACUAAGGGGUUCAAGGAUAAGAACCUUCUUGGAUCAGGUGGGUUCGGGAGGGUUUACAGAGGUUUCUUGCCCAAGACGAAGAAAGUUAUCGCUGUGAAAAGAGUCUCGAACGAAUCCAGACAAGGGUUGAAAGAGUUUGUGGCUGAGAUCGUUAGUAUUGGACAGAUGAGUCACCGGAACUUAGUUCCUCUUGUGGGUUAUUGCCGCCGGAGAGAUGAGCUUCUUCUGGUGUACGAUUACAUGCCCAAUGGAAGCUUAGAUAAGUAUUUGUACAACAGUCCGGAGGUAACCCUAGAUUGGAAACAGAGGUUUAAAGUUAUCAAUGGUGUGGCCUCUGCCUUAUUCUAUCUCCACGAGGAAUGGGAACAAGUGGUGAUUCACCGCGACAUCAAAGCAAGUAACGUGUUGUUAGACGCGGAGUACAAUGGAAGAGUCGGGGAUUUUGGUUUAGCACGAUUGUGCGAUCAUGGUUCAGAUCCUCAAACCACGCGCGUUGUUGGAACAUGGGGAUACCUAGCCCCUGAUCAUGUUAGGACAGGACGGGCCACAACCGCUACUGAUGUUUUUGCGUUCGGGGUGCUCUUACUAGAAGUGGCGUGCGGUAGACGUCCAAUUGAGACUGUAAACGAGAGUGGUGAGACCGUCUUGCUCGUGGAAUUGGUUUGUGGGUUUUGGACCGAGGGAAACAUCUUGGCUGCUACGGAUCCAAAUCUAGGGUUCGAGUAUGACCAAAGAGAAGUAGAAAUGAUUCUGAAACUAGGUUUGUUGUGCUCUCACUCUGACCCACAGGCUCGACCAACUAUGAGACAAGCGCUACAAUAUUUAAGGGGAGAUGCAUUGUUACCAGAUUUAUCGUUGUUGGACUUCCGUGUGAGUGGGAAAAUGUUGGGAAUCGACCAUGGAUUUAGUGAGUCGUCAUGCAUGUUUACAAGUAGAUCUUCGAUUACUAAUUCCAUACUUUCCGGAGGGAGGUGAUUUUUUCGAAUAUCAUAACGUAUUUGUGUGUUAAAACAUUACAUAUAUAGAAAGAAAUUAUAUGCA